CACCACCUGAUCACCAAACCAGCUUCGUCGCAAAAAUUUCUGUGGGUAGUCAGAUUAAAUCAAUACCAUCUCGGGAUGGCUCUCCGACAGGCAGUCAUCGUCGCCGUCGCUGCCGCCGGCGUCUUCGCGCCAAGGUUCGUCGCCUGCGCAGCAGCCACUCCCGGUGUAGAAGAGCAGAAGCCGGUGUUCAACACAGACGCACAAGAUGAAGAGUUCGAUGCUUACUGGACGGAUUCACCGCUUUACAAGCGUGCCCAGGCGCUGAUGAAGGAGAGUCCUCUCAUCGACACGCAUAUUGAUCUCCCACAGAUCAUCCGCUCCCUAGAUCGCAAGCCACUCUCUAUACUCCCCGACCUUGCGACUUAUACCCCAGGCCACAUUGACAUUCCCCGCCUCAGGAAAGGCCAGCUCGGCGCAGCCUUUUGGACCGUGUGGGCGCCAUGUCCGGAUUUCCUGGGUAUCGAGGUCGGGGCCGACUACAACAUCCCUAAUGACGGCCUCCGCGACGCCCUCGAGGUCCUCGAUCUCAUCAACGAGAUGAUAGCCGCGCACCCAGACCACUUCCAGCACGCCCGCUCGACGCAGGACAUCCGCGACGCCUUCGAGUCGGGCAAGGUCGCCAGCCUCCUCGGGAUGGAAGGGACGCACUUCCUCGGCAACUCCCUGUCGACGGUCCGGCUGUUCGCGCAGCUGGGCGUCCGCUACGUCAGCCUCACGCACAUGUGCCACAGCGCGUUCGCGAGCUCCUCCGGGUUCGGGCAGGCCAUGGGCCCCUCCGGCCACGAGGGGAACGGCCUCUCGGACCUGGGCCGGGAGCUGGUCGCGGAGCUGAACCGCCUGGGCCUGCUCGUCGACCUCUCGCACUCGAGCGACGAGACUGCCAGGCAGGCCAUCGAGCUGUCCAGGGCCCCCGUGGUCUGGACGCACUCGGUCGCGCGGGCGCUGCACGACCAUCCGCGAAACGUCCCCGAUGAACUGCUCCAGCUCAUUGGCUCAGGGGAGGGCAAGAAUCCCGGCGUCGUGCAAUGUGUCUUCUUCCCCGCGUUCGUGGGCCCCACGGUGGAGGCGGCGAAUGUCUCGAGGCUCGCGGACCAUAUUGAGCAUGUUGCUGGGAUUGUGGGGAGAAAGCAUGUUGGGAUAGGGUCAGACUUUGACGGCAUGUUUGCUUCUGUGAAAGGGCUGGAGGAUGCUAGCAAGUAUCCCAACUUGAUCACUGAAAUGCUCAUGCGCGGCUGGUCGGAUGAAGAAGUUAAGGACCUGAUGGGGCGUAACCUCAUGCGGGUCAUGGACGAGGUGGAUGCUGUCUCAGAGCGCCUCAAGUCCGAGAAGGCAUCACAAGCGAUUUGGGAGAAACGAACAGACUUGCCAGCCCAAUGGGGUGGUGACGGCAACAUGUUCUACCCAUACGAGAUCCAAGACAUCCAAUCAAAAAUACCACAGCACGAUGAGUUGUAACCCAAAACACUGGCAAGUUAAGGGGGUAUCAGUAAUACAGCCCGAAGGUUGGAAGAAGCUAUCGGACCUGUCUUCGAGGGGACUGACUGGGGUUCCAAGAGUUCAAUGAGACGAUCAGGGUUGAAAAUGCUCUUUGUACUGUUACAGCUUGCACAAUAUUGCUGUGCCAACGAAGG